AUGCCGCCCAGAGUACCGCUCAAUUGGGGGCUCCCGCCUCCAAGCCUCCUCUUCCCGUCAUCAGCGCGAUGUCUCGUCCAGCAAAAUGCCCAAGUACCACGGCCAGCAGUCGCAUACACGCCGAUGCGCGGCAUCAAGUCGACCUUCAAGCCUAAGCCCGAUCGAUUCGCACACCACCCCGCAAAGACGGCGCUGAACAGCACCUCGACGGCGGCGCUCGAGCGCAAAGCACACAGCACGCCGCUGCGAACAGGGCUGCUCGCCAUCAAAAAGGGCAUGACGUCUGUCUACGACGAGGAAACCGGCAAGCGGGCCGCCUGCACGGUGCUCCAACUCGACCGGAACCAAGUGAUAGCGCACAAGCGACGCGAAAUAAACGGCUACUGGGCGGUGCAAAUGGGAGCCGGCCAGAAGGAAGCCCGCAAUGUCACACGGCCCAUGCUAGGCCAUUUUGCGGGCGCAGGCGUCGGCCCAAAGCGGUGGGUGGCAGAGUUCAAGGUGCUCGAUGAGGCGGGGCUGCAGCUCGGCGUUGGCCAGAUGGUCGGGGCAAACUGGUUUACGGUUGGUCAGUGGGUGGAUGUCCGGGCGAUAAGUAGGGGUAUGGGAUUUGCGGGUGGCAUGAAACGACAUGGUUUUGGCGGACAACCCGCUUCUCACGGUCAAUCGCUCAUGCACCGCGGUAUGGGUUCCGCAGGAGGUUCGCAAGGCUCUGGUUCGCGCGUCCUGCCUGGCAAGCGCAUGCCGGGGAACAUGGGCAAUGAGAGUGUGACGGUCAAGAACCUCAAGGUGCUGCAGGUUGACGAGGCGAAUGGAAUCGUCGUUGUAAGCGGAGCUGUGCCUGGCCCCAAGAACCAGAUGAUCCGCGUCCAAGAUGCGCGCGGCAAGCCCUGGCCAGAGGGCCCCAUGACGACGGCGGAACUCGCUCCCCCACACGUCUUGGGUACUGCUGCUGUCUCUGAUGCUGCUGAAGCGGCUGCGAGUGCGUAGGGGGAAUGGGGGCUGUGAGAGGGGGAAAAGGCAAACUACAAUGGCAUAUCACAUGAUUAGGAUGAAGAGUGAUUGUGAUUGGGCUUUUUCUUGAUUUGAAACCAGCAUGCGUUGUGUGGUGGGAAUGUGUAUAUGAUAUUGUAAAACAGCGUAGCAUAUCAUGGCAUACAAGUAAAAGGGGUGCUAGUACGCAGUCAGUCAGUUCAUGGCUCUAGUCCAGUCAUGAAAGC